UUGCAGAAUUGCCAGAACGCUGGAUUUUUUUUGAAGGAUUUUCCGAACCCCAGCUGAUUAUCACAACACACAAGAAUCCAAACUCGGUCUUGGCUUCGCGGUGCUCCAGCAGCUGCAGAAAAUCUGGGGGAAGGCGCAGGUUCACGGCGCUGUCACCGGCUGCCCUUGUACGGUCACAGCGGGAGCGCGCAGCCCUGCUCCCCUGCCUCCUGCGAUGUGGGAUUCGUGUCAGGCUGUGAGCCACGUGCCCCCUUCCAGAGCACCCCAGGCAGGGGCACUGCAGCAGCGUGCUCCAAGGCUGCAGUGGGGCAGCUCAGGGUGGAAAAAUUACUUCCAUCUGCCUUCGUUCCAGCAAAGGGUAGCUUGCUCUGAGGCAAAAUCAGCCCCUAGCAUGUUUUGUUUCUAGAUGCAAUGAUAUUUUUUUAGCCCGUGGUACAUGGUGAUGCUGGCGGUGCAGGCAGAUCGAGCGCUGCUGCUCCCCACCAGAGUGCCAGUGCCCCGGCUCUUCUGCGGCCCCGCUGCUCGCAUUCUUCUGAGCCCUUUGAUCUAAUCCUUGUGGAAGCAGAUGGAAAAAACUUCUGGGCUCUGGUUUGUCUAUUGAGUGCUGUCCUACUGACUUUCAGUGAGACGUUCUCUCUACAAAAGAAAUAACUGUAGAAGCACCUUCUGUUUUGUACCUGCUCCUCUCUUUAUCUGCCUGAUUUUUGUCCUUGUACGCUUACAGGAACUCUCAGCUAUGGCACCUUUGCACUUAAUGCAUCUCCCCAACACUUGCUGCACCUCCCCUGCUGCCUUUGCUGUGCUCUGAAGGCUGACAGCCCUGUACAGGCAGAAGCCUGCAGCCACCCUAGUGUUAAGGCAGCAGGGAGCUCUGUGCUCAAAUUCCUUCCCCUGACCACAGCCUCCUCCUAGAGGCGAAGUCUGCCAGCCGGCCUGGGUGCUCUGCUCUCCUCUGCCAAAGAAAGCUGCGUAUUUUGCCAAGCUCAUCUGCUUUACCUGGAAGAGGGCGGCUGCUGCUGGCAGAGCAAGAGCCGUGGGCAGCUGAGGCAGACGGAAACUCUUCUAAAGCAAGAGAUGAAGUGUGGAGUAAAACCGGGCAGUGAAGGCAGAAGUUUGGCUGGAGAAAUACAAACAGCCUCCUCUUCGCAGGAGCAAUCCUCCCGAGGAAUUGAGCUGGAUCCUUGACCAUGCUUUGUGAGUGGUAAAGCAAAUGCAGCAGUGCCUCAAGACUGCCAUUGGCACCCCUGUGCCACCUCCUGCUGCUCCGGUGGGGCUGGCAGGUUGCACGGGUCUCUGAAUAUGCGAGGCAAUGCUGGGUCUGCAGCAGCAGGCAUGAGGAACAACAGGAACGGAAAUAGCAGCUCCCUGUUCACACUGAUGGAUUUUAGUGGUUCUCUUUGAAAGGUUUGUCAGGAACACCAUCUUCCUGGUCACUGUGAUGAGUGAUCUCUGGAGGAGAAGCUGUGUUUCCCCCCCCUAGCUGAAGUUGAAGCCAUGAAGAGAGUACUAGAAAGUCUUAACCUCAAUAUAGUAGAGAUGGUCGACGAAAACGCGACCUUGGAUGGCGGAGACGUCUUAUUUACAGGCAGAGAAUUUUUUGUGGGUCUUUCCAAGCGGACAAAUCAACGUGGUGCAGAAAUUCUGGCUGACACGUUUAAGGAUUAUGCUGUCUCCACAGUCCCUGUUCAUGAUUCUUUGCACCUGAAGAGUUUUUGCAGCAUGGCUGGACCAAACCUGAUUGCUAUUGGAUCAAGUGAAGCUGCACAGAAAGCCCUCAAGACCAUGCAACAGAUGAGUGACCACCGCUACGACAAGCUGACGGUGCCCGAUGAUGCUGCCGCAAACUGCAUCUACUUAAACAUUCCCAGCAAAGGCCACGUCCUGCUGCACCGAGCCCCCGAGGAGUACCCGGAGAGCGCAAAGGUUUUUGAAAAACUGAAGGACCACAUGCUGAUUCCAAUAGCCAACACAGAACUGGAGAAAGUAGAUGGGGCACUCACCUGUUGCUCUGUGCUUAUUAACAAAACUUCAGAAUUAUGAGUUUACAGAGUCCCUCCCUUGUAACUGGCAAUAACGUUACACACAAGGUAGACGAAUCUGUAUCCACACUUCUAUUGUUUUUAUUGACAAUCUACUGUACCACUGUGCUACUAACCCUUGUUUACAAAUUUUUUGCUUUGUGUAAUUUUAUUAUGUCCUUGCAGAUGGUAUUUAAGGUGGAUGUAUGCUUUUCUUGAGGGACACAUAACUCUCGAGUAUGUUAGUCCCAUGGGCUAGCAGAAAACAAUUAUAAUGGCUAACCCCUCACGUUAGUGAUUUAACUUAUCUGUGUGAAAAUUUUAUGAAAACCAACUAAUUCUCAACACUUCAAGAACCUCUGUUGUCUCUGUACUGUUGCCUUCUCCCGUCUUUUUCCCUUGCUUCCUUGAUCUGCGUCUUUUUUUCCUUCUUCGGUCUUUCAUCUCUCUUUCUCUCUUUUCUUUCAGUAAUGCAAGGUGUCAGUGAGGGCUGAAGAAAGUUCAGGGGGCUCAUGAACUUGGUAUCUUGUGUGGUUGGGAAGCUGGAACAGUGGGCAAUGUACUGCUCACUGUCUCAGCCAUAUCACAUUGCUGCUGCUGGGCAGAAUCGUGCCCAGAAUCAGUUUCAGACGCCAGGUAGCAAUUUUGGAAAAAGCUUUCUCUGACAGGAGCAUUCAAGGGCAAUGUCUGCCUGGGAAACUUGGAUGACAGAAAAAGAAAUCACAGUGCAGCAUGUCCUGCAAGUUCAGGUCCCGUUUUGCUGCUAAUGCUCUGUCUUUCACUUUAGUGAGAAUGAAAGACGAGUUUUUUUUAAAGGCCAGAUCCCAGGGAGCACCUGGACCACAAAAAUGAAAAGUUCAGAUGCUCUUGGAAAAGUUAAAACUAUGAAAGUAAGCUAAAUUGUUUUUUUAUUCUUUUGUUUACUUUUUGUGUAUUUGUCCCUCUGUUCUGCUGUUUUCUCUUCUUUUGGAGGCCACGUACUAGCAAAAUUCAAAAGGAAAGGCUGAUAGAAUGAGUUGAAGGACAGUUAUUCCUGGAUUAUGCUCAUGAAUAAGGGAAGCUAUUGUUUCCUGAAAGAUUGGCAUGUGUACUUUAUCUGCCCUUGGGGUAGUUUUCCUUGGAACAAUGACCAUCUUAUUUUUUUAAUUGCAUGAAUAUUUACUGUGGUAUUCAGUUAAAACAAAUACAGUUUUUGUAGCAAAUUCCACAACAUGUUUACCCACUGAGUCAUACUUUUUUUUCACCACAGUAAAGUGAAGCAUUCCCCAUUGUAUUCACAUGCUUCUUGGUAAACCAUCUGUAAACUAAGGAUGGAGAAAUUCCCAAACAGAGGCAGCAGUGGGAACUCUCCGGAGACUGACGAAUAGUCUGAACAUGUUAUCGACUUCCUAGGCACCUCCUCCACCUUUCCUGAACCACUUGUGGCGUGUUUCUGAGGUACAGUCAGAAGCGAGCGGCGGGAGGGGGGUUAGUAAUGCGUUCUGUAGCACAGCAAAUAGUAUUAACCGAGCGCACACUUUGGUAUGCUUUGGAAACCCACGUGAUUUUUCACACAAUCAUAAGGUUGGAAACACAAGUACAUAUAUCUAUAGGUUCUCCACAGGGCAUCUCUCACCCCACAUCAGUGGCUAACGUGGAGUAAACAUCCUGGCAGCCACCAGGAUGCAUCUCAUGUCUGGGUGCACUGUACGUUGUGAUGACACGAGGCACCGUGAGGGAGAGAACAAUGACGAGCAAAUAAAAUGUAUGUGGAAAGAUAUGUCCCAAAGGAGGUCCUUCACCAGCCAAACAGCAGCUGUUUUUGUGGCUGUCCCAAAGGAUUCUCCUGAUGUUUCUCCUUUGUCUCCUCCGUUUCCAUGAGCUACUAUUUCAGCCUGACCCACAUGAUCAGGCUCUAGAGAUGUAAAUGUUGCAGUGGGAAAUCUCCAUUCUCUCCUUCCCUCAGUGCUUUUUAUGUAUCUGGUACAGCAUCUUGCGUUUUAAAAUGAAUUGAUACUAAACAAAGAUCUUGUGCCAAAAAAUAACCCUGUAGUAUUUAACUAUAACUUCUAGAGCCAGGCUUUAUGCUUAAAAACAUCUGUAUCUGGGGGAGCUGUUGUACAAAGCCUGAACAGAACCCCCUGACCUGUCUGUACUCCCCUGGCCCCUUGCCCCAUCUAUCUGCUUCAGUCCCUCUCCAUCAUCUCAGUGGGGAGCAGGAGCAUCCAGCUGGCCUGUGCCAGUUAGGCUGUGGGAUUUCCAUUCAAUUCACACCACAAACUUCUUGUUGCAUUUUUCCCCUCUCUUCCUCAGACUACAGCUUCUUGUUUAUGGUACAAUAAGCACUUUUCUGUUUUAACUCGAAGUGGAUUUUCCUUCUGUUGCCUCAGUUCUCCUACUUCAGUCUUCUUUUUCUGCACUCCUGUCUCCUUGCUGUUCGCUUCAUAGUGAAUGGUCCUUAAUUCUCUCCCUCCUCAAGUAGGUGCCAGGUGGGAGGAAAAACUGAGGUGUCCAUUUUUACUCUGAGGGACUGAGCUGGAAGGAUAACUGUCAGCAGGGGCUGUACAUCUAGAGAGUGACAAGGGAGAUGACUCCUCUUCAGGAUUGCUCCAGAAAAGAGAAAAAUGUGGUGGACAUUGUUCAUACCUUGUGUCCCUGAAAGCAACAGAAUAGGUGAUAAUAGCUUUCCCAAGGAAGGGAGAGGGGAGAGUGGAUCUCAGAGCUGAGAAACACCUCAUUUUCCAGAGAGGUUGUUGGUCUUUCACCUAUUGCCGUUUAGGUUUCCUUGCCUUCAAGGCUGUAUUUUGGCAUACAGAAAGAGUAGAGGAGUGGCUGAGGGAUUUGAAUUCCCUCAGGUGGUUAUUUCAAAUUGUACUCAACCUAACUUCAGGUGCAGAAUUUGGGUGCUCUAAAUCACAUGUGCUUUGUUUCCAUUUGACCUAGUUUGUCAUAGGUGUGAUUGCCUCCUAAUGUAGAUGCUCUAAAUCAAAUCUUCGAUGCCAAAAGUUACCUAAACUGGUUAAUGGGAUUGCCAUCACCUCUCUGCUUUUAGCAUUAUGCUUUGUUAUCACAUUAAAAAGCAACAACGUUAAAAGCAUUUCAUUUUGUGCAUUUACAGUAUGGUACUAAGAACUAGAGUCAUGCCAAAUGCUGCUGCUUCUUGCUGUUUGCUACUUUUUCUGCUGCCCAAACAAAGAAUUCAAUUGCGAGGACAUUUCUGCUGUAACACAUAUACAUCUAAUGGGUGUCCUGUGCAUCUUGUCACUAGAACAUUUCUCAGAUGUCUGAUGUGAAUCAUCAUCCUUGAUUAAUAUAAAUAAUAAGAUGAAAUCCCAAACCAAAAAAGGAGAUGAGACACUGAACUGCCCACAUAAAGCAUUUGAUAACAACUGUCAGGCUGUAUGACAUAGAAGGUCAGUGCAGAAGAUCUUGUGGUUAAUAGCUCAGCAAUGGGGUUUGAAUUACUCAUCAGUAUUUUUUUUUCUAUGACCAAGCAGUUUAGCUUAGAUCAAAUGAAGGAGCUGCAAUGUGCAUUGAAGAUCUUUCACGGUUAUUAUCUUUACUAUGAGUUUAGAAAGAUCUGUGUUAUGUGGGUUUCUCUCUUUAACAAUGUGAACACAGUAUCUCUCUCUACAAUGAAAAUGUGAAUGCAUACUGUACUUCUAAGGUAAUCUUGAAUUCUUCCAUUUCUGCAUUUUUGUCAUUUCCAUGCUAAUAUAAUCCUUUCUGGUCUUAAAUAGAUGCCACUGUAUGAAGCUGUUCUCUGAUUUUUUGGGUGUUUUCCAUGUAAUAGGUACAGAGGUCAUAGGCAGCACCAUGUCCAGUUUUAAAAAUAAAUACUCAGUGAAAUGCAAAACAAGGAAUCUGCUUUUUCUGUUUGUUCACAGCAAAUUGGGGAUGAAAUAUGGAAAAAAAAUCAGCUUUUGAUUUCACUCAUCUUCUUAAACAUUAUAUCAAUGAAGUCAGAGCCAAAUUACUUUGAUAGAAAAUACUGGUAUUCAUGUAGAAUCAUUUUGGGAAAAUAAUUUACUAUUUAAGAUUCUCUAUUUUUGUUUUUAUCAGUAAGGAAGCUGAAAAGAUAAGACUGCUUAAAGAAUGGUAUUUGUUAAGUGAUUGUGAACAAAGUAUCGUUGGACCUCGUGUAUUUUCAGAAAAGUUUUAACUGGACGUAUGAUGUAACUUGUUUAGAGUUGCAUGUGAAUCGUGUUAGUCACUGUUUUACAUUGUAUUGUUCUGCAGUGCACAAAUAUGACUACUGAACACAGAAGUGUUACAUUUCAUCAAACUUAAAAUAUUGUUGCAGUAUAUAGUUUCCCACUUUUUGUGCCAAAAACAUCAGUACAUUCCAUAAUCUAUUCUAAUAGAGGUUUGCACUUUGAUUUUUUUCUUUCUUUUUGUGAUCCUUGCAGUUUCAUUACUAUAUAUCCCCAUCACAAUGGAAUAAAGUGUCAAUUGUACUGUGAA